AUGGUUCCUACUUAGUUUUCUAUUCAAGCAAUCAAAGUGUGCACAACUUUACGCGUUGAAUAUGGUCCAAAUAAAGCGCUGAGGGAAUUAACACGGACGAAAGGCUCGGACAUGGAGGCGCGUGCGGAAUCCGGACGCAAACUGCGCUCGACCUGCAGAAGGAUGUACGAUGAGAACGAGGACUUGUCAGAUGUGGAGGAAAUCACAAACAUCAGGGGCUUCAGUUUGGAGGACAAACUUGAGAGCAAUUUAUACAACAGUCAAUUUGUUCAGUAUAUGGAGGGAAAAGAUUUUACUUAUGAAUAUGUUCAAAGAGAGGCACUGCGAACUCCACUCAUAUUUAAAGCCAAAGAUGGACUGGGAAUUAGAAUGCCGGAUCCAGCAUUUACUGUAAGUGAAAUCAAGGGUUUGGUUGGCAGCAGGCGAGCUGUUGACGUGAUGGAUGUUAGCACACAGAAGGGCUCAGAGAUGAGCAUGGCACAGUUCGUCCGCUACUAUGAGACGCCUGAGGAUGAACGUGACAAGCUGUUCAACGUCAUCAGCCUGGAGUUCAGUAACACCAAACUGGAGAAUUUGAUCAAGAGACCAACUGUGGUGGAUCUGGUGGAUUGGGUGGACAAUAUGUGGCCGCGGCAUCUUAAACAGAAACAAACCGAAACCACAAACGUCAUGUCUGAGAUGAAAUAUCCCAAAGUUCAGAGAUACUGUCUGAUGAGUGUAAAAGGCUGUUUCACUGACUUCCACAUCGACUUUGGCGGCACAUCGGUAUGGUACCAUGUCUUCAAAGGAAGGAAGGUCUUCUGGCUGAUUCCUCCAAGCCCACACAAUCUGUCUCUGUAUGAGGACUGGGUGCUGUCAGGCAAACAGAGUGAUAUCUUCCUGGGUGACCGUUCAGACAGCUGCCAGCGAGUAGAGCUCAAACAAGGCUACACGUUCUUCAUCCCUUCAGGUUGGAUCCAUGCCGUCUACACUCCAGAAGACACCCUGGUGUUUGGCGGGAAUAUUCUACACAGUUUUAACAUUCCCAUGCAGCUCACUGUCUACGAAAUUGAGAACAGAACAAAGGUAAAGCAAAAAUUCAAAUAUUAAUUUUUUUUUAAAUUUAUAUAUAAUGUGUUGGAGAGGUACGUGAACUGCUUGACCAGACGUUCGCACCUGAGCCUGGAGUUUGGUGUUCACGCUGCUGAACCCAAGCUUGUAACUGAGAGUCUCGUCUCUGCUCCUCGGCUGGAUAUGGAGGAGGACUCGUGUGAGGCGCGGUUAGAGAGGACAGAGGGGACGACCCAGCCCUCCUCAGCUGUCUCUCCCUAUCAGACCUUCAAAUCACCGGCCAAUGAUUCUGAAGACAGCUUCAAGUCCCUGCCUUUAGAGUGUCCCAAGACUCCGUCUGGCUCACCUGGAAUGGAACAUUCCGGCAAAUGGACCCACUUGACAGAGUUUGAGUUGAGUGGACUCAAGGCCUUGGUGGAGAAGCUGGAAUCCCUUCCGGAGACAAAGAGAUGCGUUCCAGAGGGCAUCGAAGAUCCACAAGCACUGCUAGAUGACGUGAAGGUUGUGCUGAAGGAACAUGCAGAUGACAAUCCAAAGUUGGCUAUCACUGGUUCACCUAUUGUAUGCUGGCCGAAGAAGACAGGCAAGCCACGGCCGCUUAAUCGGCCAAAAUCAAAGAUGGGCUCGUCUCCAUCGGCUGCUGCAGGCUCAGCAGCGGGAGGAGUGAAGCUCUCGUCCAGCCGCGGUUCAUCUAAUGCCCGGCGCAGACGGACACGCUGCAGGAAGUGUGAGGCAUGUACACGCAAAGAGUGCGGGGAGUGCCACUUCUGCAAGGACAUGAAGAAGUUUGGUGGACCAGGCCGCAUGAAGCAGUCCUGUAUCAUGAGACAGUGCAUAGCGCCUGUUCUACCUCACACUGCUGUGUGUCUGGUGUGCGGAGAGGCUGGGAAAGAAGACACGGUAGAGAACGAGGAGGACAGGUUCAACAUGAUGCUUAUGGAGUGCUCUAUCUGCAGCGAGAUCCUCCAUCCAGCAUGCUUGAAGGAGAAGGAUUCUGGUGGUGUUGUAAAUGACGAGUUGCCAAAUUGCUGGGAGUGUCCGAAAUGCAGUCAUUCUGGAAAGACGGGAAAACAAAAAAGAGGCCCAGGGUUUAAGUACGCCUCCAAUCUCCCUGGCUCUAUGCUCAAAGAGCAGCGAAUGAACCGGGACGUAAAGGAAGAGCUGGAAUCAAACAUGUCUACUGAGUCCUACACCUCUACUGUUUCACCUGUCAUGAAGAAGAAAAAGACAGAACGAGAGGACAAUCCUACCUGCAAGUCAGAAGAUGCAUUUAAGAAACGUUCUACCAAAUUGGAGGACAACCCACUCCGCAAGAAGAGAAAACUCUUUGAAAAGGACUCAGACUCAGAUUCCAAUGUUAAGAAAAAGAAGAAGCGCUCAAAGCCUGAAGAUCUCUCAGCCUCUAAUGUCCUGGGACAGAUCAAGACAGAAAGAGAGGAUGAGGAGGAGUAUGAUGAGGUUAACAGACAAGAAUUGGAGAGGAGAGCCUUCGGAUUUGUGCCCUCAGAAGAGGAGGAUGGAGAUGAUGAAGAGGAGGAAGAAGAAGAGGAGACAAUGAAGAAGAAGGGUAGUCCAGACGAGAAUGGGAAGCUUGAACACAAGACCUCCGCUGCAUGGGAAGGUGACCAAUCACAGGGUGGUUUUACCCAGGCAGGGCCCAGUAUUGACUUGGGUGUUGAUGCACAGUUGAGGAGCCAGCGAAAAACCAAACGUAAGCCUCGCCUGCCCAACAAAGAACUGAGCAAAGAACUAAGCAAACAACUCAAUCAGGAGAUCCAGAAUACAGAGGACCGACUAGCACAUCAAAAUGGCAGAGCGGUGAAGACAGAACCAGAUAGUGAUGGAGAGGACAGAAAACCACUGAAGAAUGGAAGCAGCCAUCUGAGAGACUGGCUGAGGCCUAAGCGGGAACUAAACGGAUCAUUGCGAGAGCAGCUCCCGGUUAGUUGGAUCAGGACUACACCUACCCCUGUCAUUCGGCCAAAACCUUGCCGCUCUCCACCGAAAUGUGUUCAGAUGGAGCGUCAUGUUAUUCGCCCCCCUCCGAUCAGCCCCCCUCCGGAUGGGCUGCCCCUAGAUGAUGGGAAGAAUCACGUAAUGCGGAGAGAGGUGUGGAUGGCAGUGUUCAGCCACCUCACACACCAAGACCUGUGUGUCUGCAUGCGGGUCUGCAAGACCUGGAACAGAUGGUGUUGUGAUAAAAGACUUUGGACCAAGAUCAAUCUGAACCGAUGCAAGUCAAUCACUCCACUCAUGCUGAGCGGCAUUAUCCGCAGACAGCCGGUCUCCCUGGACCUGAGUUGGACCAACAUCUCUAAGAAGCAGCUCAGCUGGCUAAUCAACAGAUUACCUGGUCUGAGGAUUCUGUUGCUGGCAGGCUGUUCGUGGGCAGCUGUAUCAGCUUUAUGCACAUCCAGUUGUCCUUUGCUAAGAACUUUAGAUGUGCAGUGGGUAGAGGGACUUAAGGACAACCAGAUAAGAGACCUACUCUCCCUGCCGACAGACAACAGACCAGGUCAGUUGGACAGUAGAAGUAAACUGAGGAAUGUGGAGAAUCUCUGUCUAGCUGGUCUGGACAUCACAGAUACAUCCCUGAAGCUGAUCAUAAAACAUAUGCCUUCACUGUCCCAGUUGGAUCUUAGUUACUGUAACCACAUCACCGACCAGAGUGUCAACAUCCUCACGGCAGCCGGCACCACGACCAGAGACUCUCUCACUCACAUCAACCUUUCAGUUUGUAACAGAGUUACAGACCUGUCGUUGACCUACUUCAAGCGCUGCGGAAACAUUUGUCACAUCGACCUGCGGUACUGCAAACAGGUGACCAAAGAGGGUUGUGAGCAGUUCAUCGCAGAGAUGUCCGUCAGUGUGCAGUUCAGACUGAUCGAGGAAAAACUACUGAGCAAACUGAGCUAGUCAAUAAAGACAGUGACAAUAACUUGACCUAGAACCCAGGGAACUAACAAUCUCGCCCUCCAUUUUUUACACUUUUUCAACAUAGGAUGGGUGGAGCGUAAUGCACUCCACAGAAAACCAGCAAAGACAAAAAUGACAUUGCUAAACAACACACUCCAAACAAAAGCCUGAAUUCAUCAACAGAGCUCACAAGUGAAGAAAUGUGUUCUUCUCUGGUGGCCAAUUCAGCCUUCCAAUCUGUUUUUUGUUUUCAAUUCGUUUAGUUGUGCUGCUAAGGCAAACGUUUAUUGAUUUUUACGUUUACAAGGCACAGCUAACGGAGCGUGCCAAUGUUAAAAUGCUGUUGAAAGGCAUGUUUACUCAUAUUUUGCAUAAAUGUUAUAAAAAAGGUUUUAUAGUCACACAGUGCAGUGUUGCAGUGACUGUUAUUUUCUUUCUCGGAAAAGAAAAAUUCUAAAUGCAUGUGCUUUUUUCGUUACCAUGCAAACGUUAAGCGUCAUGCAGUAUUAAUUUUUGUAUCAGAAGGGAUUUCACACUUUAUGUGCAGUAUUAAAUGCACUCAUAUAUAGACUUUAUUGACAGUAUUCAGUCAGUACAAAGUUUAUUUUUUUUCUACGCAGUAGGAAGUUAAGCAGAUCCUAUCUAUACUAGCUAUAGUAACUGUGCAGAUGUUUUUGUAAUGUUAAUUUAAGAUGUGAUGUCUUCUAAUGUUAUAAGAUGUUCUACAGGUACAUUCUCUUUUCCAUAGGACUAUAUUACUUAUCUGGGCUUCUUUAAUAUGUAUAUAUCUGGAGGGAAACAUAUUUGCACUGUUUGACCUUAAUAAAUACUGAUAUUUUUUCCAGUAUCGAUGUUUUGCUUCACGGAAUUUUGACUGUGAACAACUUGGUGCACAAUAUAGAGCAUCAGAUUAUUCAAGGUAAACAAGAUUUAUAAAUUAGCCUAA